AUGGCGGAACCAGAGUUCGAGUGGAACCAGACAGAGCUGCUGCUCACGCGCAGUGCGGCUCAGAUCGUGGACAUGUCGCUGCCCGGCGAGCUACAUGAAGGGCUGCAGCAGCAGCGGCAGCAGCAGAGCGCGGCAGUGAUGGCCGAGCCAGAGUCCGAGUGGAACCAAACAGAGCUGCUGCUGACGCGCAGCCAGGCGCAGAUCGUGGACAUGUCGCUGCCCGGGCGCAAGAUCUACACGGAGUGCCCGAGGAUAGAGUACUCGCGGCAGGCGUCCGACCUCGCUGCUCUCAUCUCCUCCAAGCUCGCUCCGCUGCAGGUGCAGCCAUCAGCAGGGCUGAGGCAGCGGCAGGGCAGGCGCACGCCAGUGCUGCUGCUAGCCAAUUCCUCCUUCCCCAUGGGUGCCUCCCUGCGCACGCCUCUCGCCCGCCCUGACCUCGUCUCCCUCGGCCUCUACCACGGCCUGCUCUACCGCCUCAAGGUGAUAGUGAGCGUGCGGAAUAUCUCAGACGUGAUGGCAUCAGCCAUCAGAGCGCACUAUGACAAGGAUGACACCGGCUUGCAGGUGCGGCUUGUGGAGGACAGUCUGGUGUAUCUCGAUGCUUCGUUACGCCAGCUACCGUGCGGGACGUACGCCAUCGUCAACCUCGAUCACCUCAUGUCGUCCCCAUCU